UUGAAUGAAAUAUUUGAAUUUUUAAUCGGUUUAUUCAAACGAAAUUUAUAAUCCUUACCGACCUACUUCCAUUUUAUAUCACAAUCCUUGCUCAGGGAAACUCAGGAACGCUGCCUUCUUCCAUUUUAUAUCACAAACCCUACACAGAGUAACUCAUCAGGAACGCUUCCUCCUUCCAUUUUAUAGCACAAACCCUACUCAGAGCAACUCAUCAGGAACGCUAUGCAGAGCUCGGCCACGAAACCCUAAUCAGGUUUUUGCCUUAUGUUUUUCUUUGGAUUUUGAUUAAAAACAGAAGAAAUGGCACAUCUCGGGGGAGGUGCCGAAGCCCAUGCGCGUUUCAAGCAGUAUGAGUACAGGGCGAAUUCCAGUUUAGUUUUAACUACAGAUUCCCGGCCCCGUGAUACUCAUGAGCCUACAGGAGAGCCUGAGUCCCUGUGGGGAAAGAUCGACCCGAAGAAUUUUGGUGAUAGGGUUUACCAUGGGAAACCCCCUGAACUGGAGGAAAGAAUUAAAAAGGCUAAGAAGAAGAAAGAGAGAGAAAAACCUGCCUUGGAUGCGGCCGUGCCCAAGAGGGAUACUAAGAGAAGGCGAGUCCAGGAAGAGAGUGUUUUGUCUAUUGCUGAUGAUGGCAUUUACAGGCCCAAGACCAAGGAGACCCGAGCUGCUUAUGAGGCACUUCUCAGCACUAUACAACAGCAGUUCGGUGACCAACCACAGGACAUCUUGAGAGGUGCUGCUGAUGAAGUGUUGGCUGUCUUGAAGAACGACAAGAUUAAGGACCUUGAUAAGAAGAAGGAGAUUGAGAAACUUCUCAAUUCUUUGUCCUCUCAGCAUUUUGCACAGCUUGUUUCUAUCGGUAAGCUCAUUACUGAUUACCAGGAUGCUGGCGAAGCAGGAACAGGUGUGGGAGCAGCUGCUGGGGAAGCCCUUGAUGAUGAUAUUGGUGUGGCUGUUGAGUUUGAGGAGGAGGAAGAGGACGAGGAUAGCGAUUUGGAUCAAGUGCAGGAAGAUAGUGAUGCCGAGGAUGAUGAUGAUGGGCAGGAUGCAAGUAAGACGGAAGCUAUGCAAAUGGGUGGUAUUGAUGACGAUGACAUGGAAGAAGCAGAUGAAGGAUUAAAUGUGCAGGACAUAGAUGCUUAUUGGCUUCAGCGCAAAAUCUCUCAGGCUUUUGGUGUAAUUGAUCCUCAGCAUAGCCAGAAACUUGCUGAAGAUGUUUUGAAGAAAUUGGCAGAGGGCGAUGUUCUUGAUGUGGAGAACAAGCUGGUGAUGCUUUUGGAUUACGAGAAGUUUGAUCUUAUUAAAUUGCUUUUGCGUAACAGGCUCAAGAUAGUUUGGUGUACACGGCUGGCCAGGGCAGAGGAUCAGAAAGAAAGGAAGAAGAUAGAAGAUGAAAUGAUGGGAGAGCCUGCACUUGCUGCUAUUCUUGAACAGUUGCAUGCUACAAGGGCCACCGCCAAGGAACGGCAGAAGAAUCUAGAACGAAGCAUCCGCGAGGAAGCUAGGAAAUUAAGAGAUGAGGGCGUAGAUGGAGAGAGGACAAGGGAACGGCGGGUAGAUAGAGAAAUGGAGAAUAGUUGGUUGAAAGGUCAGCGUCAGAUGCUGGAUCUUGAUAGCAUUUCAUUCCAUCAAGGGGGGCUGCUGAUGGCAAACAAGAGGUGUGAGCUACCUCCAGGUUCUCUUAGGAUAACAAAGAAAGGUUACGAGGAAGUUCAUGUCCCUCCUUUGAAGGCAAAACCCCUCGCAGAAGGGGAAGAACUUGUCAAGAUAUCGGACAUUCCAGAUUGGGCGGAGCCUGCAUUCAGGGGAAUGAAGCAACUGAACAGGGUGCAGAGCAGAGUGUAUGAAACUGCACUAUUUACUGCUGAGAAUUUGCUUCUGUGUGCACCCACAGGCGCUGGUAAGACUAAUGUGGCAUUGUUAACCAUACUUCAACAGAUUGCUCUCAAUAGGAAUGCUGAUGGUUCCAUUGAUUUGAAUAAGUUCAAGAUUGUUUAUGUGGCACCCAUGAAAGCAUUAGUUGCAGAGCUAGUUGGUAACUUGUCUCACCGGUUACAGUCUUAUGGGAUUUCUGUAAGGGAACUUUCAGGAGAUCAGACAAUGUCUCGUCAACAAAUAGAGGAAACACAGAUAAUUGUCACCACUCCUGAAAAGUGGGAUAUUAUCACCCGAAAGUCUGGGGACAGAACUUACACUCAGCUUGUGAAACUUCUGAUUAUUGACGAGAUUCAUCUUUUACAUGACAAUAGAGGACCGGUGCUGGAAAGUAUUGUGGCUCGGACAGUUAGGCAAAUUGAGACUACCCAAGAAAUGAUACGGUUGGUGGGGCUGUCCGCAACAUUGCCAAACUAUGAGGAUGUUGCCCUGUUACUAAGAGUCGACAAGUCAAAAGGGUUGUUUCAUUUUGAUAAUAGUUACAGACCUUGUCCACUUGCUCAGCAAUAUAUUGGUAUCACGGUUAAGAAACCACUCCAGAGGUUUCAGCUUAUGAAUGAUGUGUGUUAUGAAAAGGUGAUGACAGCUUCUGGCAAGCAUCAAGUUUUGAUCUUUGUACAUUCCAGGAAAGAAACGGCAAAAACAGCCCGAGCCAUAAGAGAUACAGCGCUUGCCAAUGAUACCCUUGGACGGUUUCUCAAAGAAGAUAGUGCCAGCCGAGAAAUUCUUCAAACGGAGACUGAUAGAGUGAAAAGCAGUGACCUGAGAGACCUUUUGCCUUAUGGAUUUGCAAUACACCAUGCAGGGAUGGCCAGGGCAGAUCGAACUCUGGUAGAAGAUCUUUUUUCUGAUAGGCAUAUUCAGGUUUUGGUAUCAACUGCCACACUCGCAUGGGGAGUAAAUCUCCCUGCACAUACUGUUAUUAUAAAAGGAACUCAAAUUUACAAUCCUGAGAAAGGUAUGUGGACUGAGCUUAGUCCCUUAGAUGUCAUGCAGAUGCUUGGUCGAGCUGGAAGGCCACAGUAUGAUUCCCAUGGUGAAGGAAUAAUAUUAACAGGUCACAGUGAGCUGCAAUAUUAUCUAUCACUUAUGAAUCAGCAAUUACCGAUUGAGAGCCAAUUUAUCUCAAAAUUAGCAGAUCAUUUAAAUGCAGAAAUUGUUCUAGGUACAGUUCAAAAUGCAAGAGAGGCGUGCACGUGGUUGGGAUACACUUAUCUUUACAUUCGCAUGCUACGAAAUCCUGUUCUAUAUGGUCUAUCUGCUGAUGCUUUAGAUAAAGACAAUACGUUAGAAGAAAGAAGGGCAGACUUGAUACAUUCGGCCGCAACUAUCUUGGACAAAAAUAAUUUGGUGAAAUAUGAUCGGAAAAGUGGAUAUUUCCAGGUUACCGAUCUUGGACGGAUAGCCAGUUAUUAUUACAUCACUCAUGGGACAAUGUCUACUUAUAAUGAGCACUUGAAGCCAACAAUGGGUGAUAUUGAGCUAUGCCGAUUGUUUUCGUUAAGUGAAGAGUUUAAAUAUGUGUCUGUAAGAGAAGAAGAGAAGAUGGAACUUGCAAAGCUCUUAGAUCGUGUUCCUAUUCCAGUGAAGGAGAGUUUGGAGGAGCCAAGUGCUAAGAUCAAUGUUUUGCUCCAGGCUUACAUUUCACAGCUUAAGCUUGAAGGUCUUUCCCUCACAUCGGAUAUGGUGUUUAUUACUCAGAGUGCAGGCCGCCUCCUGAGAGCACUUUUUGAGAUUGUAUUAAAAAGAGGAUGGGCUCAGUUAACAGAGAAAGCACUUAAUCUAUGCAAGAUGGUUGGAAAGCGCAUGUGGAGUGUUCAAACUCCACUCCGGCAAUUCAAAGGUAUUCCGAAUGACAUCUUGACCAAAAUUGAGAAGAAAGAUUUAGCUUGGGAUCGGUAUUAUGAUCUUUCAGCCCAGGAGAUUGGAGAGCUCAUUCGUUUUCCAAAGAUGGGAAAAUCCAUUCAUAAAUUUGUUCAUCAGUUUCCAAAGUUGGAUCUUUCUGCCCAUGUACAACCAAUAACACGUACAGUAUUGAAGGUGGAACUAACAAUCACUCCAGAUUUUCAGUGGGAUGAGAAAAUUCAUGGAUAUGUUGAACCUUUCUGGAUUAUAGUGGAAGACAAUGAUGGCGAAUUUAUACUCCAUCACGAGUAUUUUAUGUUGAAGAUGCAGUAUGUGGAAGAUGAUCAUAACCUUAGCUUCACUGUCCCAAUACAUGAACCUCUUCCACCCCAGUAUUUUAUUCGUGUCGUCUCUGACAAAUGGCUAGGAUCACAGACUGUUUUGCCAGUUUCAUUUAGACAUCUUAUUCUGCCAGAGAAAUAUCCACCUCCAACUGAAUUGCUGGAUUUGCAGCCACUUCCUGUAUCAGCAUUAAGAAAUCCUUCAUAUGAAGCUUUGUAUCAGCAGUUCAGGCACUUCAAUCCUAUUCAAACCCAGGUAUUUACAGUUUUAUAUAACUCAGAUGAUAAUGUUUUGGUGGCGGCACCCACUGGAAGUGGUAAGACUAUUUGUGCUGAGUUUGCUUUGCUGCGACUGCAUCAAAAAGGUGUAGAGAGUACAUUUCGAUGUGUUUACAUUGCACCUGUAGCAGCACUUGGAAAGGAAAAAUAUUAUGAAUGGGAGCAGAAGUUUGGGAAAGGUCUGGGAUGGAAAGUAGUUGAACUGACAGGUGAGACUGCAACUGAUUUGAAGCUACUUGAGAAAGGUCAGAUUGUUAUAAGUACACCUGAGAAAUGGGAUGCUUUGUCUCGCAGAUGGAAACAACGUAAACAGGUGCAGCAAGUUAGCUUAUUUAUCGUGGAUGAACUUCAUUUAAUUGGUGGAGAGGGUGGUCCCAUCUUGGAAGUAAUUGUUUCUAGAAUGAGGUAUAUUUCAAGUCAAAUUGAAAACCGUAUUCGCAUUGUUGCUCUUUCUACUUCACUUGCAAAUGCUAAGGAUCUUGGUGAGUGGAUUGGAGCUACUGCACAUGGGCUUUUUAAUUUCCCCCCUGGUGUCCGCCCUGUACCAUUAGAGAUUCAUAUUCAGGGUGUUGAUAUAGCCAACUUUGAAGCUCGAAUGCAGGCGAUGACCAAGCCAACUUACACAUCGAUAAUUCAGCAUGCAAAGGGAGGCAAACCAGCUCUAGUGUUUGUGCCAACAAGAAAACAUGCACGGCUUACUGCCCUUGAUUUGUUAACUUAUUCUAAUGCAGAUGGUGGGGAGAGAUCCCAAUUUCUUCAAUUUACUGAAGAAGAUUUGAAACCUUUCAUUGCCAAAGUGAAAGAACCUACUUUGAGCCAUGCAUUAUCUAAUGGAAUUGGGUAUUUACAUGAAGGUCUCACUUUGGUAGAACAGGAACUUGUAGCCCAGUUGUUCAGUGCAGGGGCAAUUCAGGUGUGUGUUGCAAGCAGUUCAAUGAGUUGGGGGUUGUCUUUGUCAGCACAUUUGGUUGUUGUCAUGGGUACACAGUAUUAUGAUGGACGGGAAAAUGCUCACACAGACUAUCCUAUUACUGAUCUUCUCCAAAUGAUGGGGCGUGCCAGUAGACCUCUGCUUGAUAAUGCUGGAAAAUGUGUAAUUUUAUGCCAUGCACCUCGUAAAGAAUAUUAUAAAAAGUUCUUAUAUGAGCCAUUUCCUGUUGAGAGUCAUCUUGAUCACUUUCUCCAUGAUCAUAUCAAUGCUGAAGUUGUUGUGGGCACUAUUGAAAGUAAGCAGGAUGCUGUAGACUAUCUUACUUGGACAUUUUUCUAUCGAAGACUCACACAGAAUCCAAAUUACUAUAAUCUUCAGGGUGUCAGCCAUAGGCAUUUGUCAGAUCACCUUUCUGAGAUUAUAGAGAGCACAUUAAGUGAUUUGGAAUCAAGCAAAUGUGUUGCCAUAGAAGACGAUAUGUAUCUUUCUCCUUUGAACCUAGGGAUGAUAGCAUCUUAUUACUACAUUAGCUACACCACCAUUGAACUCUUUAGCUCAUCCUUGACUGCAAAGACAAAACUGAAGGGGCUUCUUGAAAUUCUUGCUUCUGCUUCAGAGUAUUCACAGCUUCCCAUACGGCCAGGUGAAGAAGAAACUAUAAGAAAAUUGAUAAAUCAUCAAAAGUUUGCUGUCGACAAACCAAAAUAUACUGAUCCACAUGUAAAGGCAAAUGCAUUGUUGCAAGCCCACUUCUCAAGGCAUGUCAUAGCUGGCAACCUAGCACUAGAUCAGCGAGAAGUGCUUCUUUCUGCAAACCGUCUUCUUCAGGCUAUGGUGGAUGUUAUUUCCAGUAAUGGCUGGUUGAAUCCAGCUCUUGCAGCAAUGGAAUUGAGCCAAAUGGUUACACAAGGUCUCUGGGACCGUGAUUCUGUCCUGUUGCAGCUUCCACAUUUCACCAAGGAACUUGCUAAGAAAUGCCAUGAAAAUCCAGGGAAAAGCAUAGAAACUGUUUUUGAUUUAGUUGAGAUGGAGGAUGAUGAAAGGCGUGAAUUGUUACAGAUGACAGAUUCACAGCUGUUAGACAUUGCUCGUGUUUGUAAUCGCUUCCCAAACAUUGAUCUGGCAUAUGAUAUAGUUGAGAGUGAUGAUGUGAGGGCUGGAGAAAAUGUAACAGUGCAGGUCACUCUAGAAAGAGAUCUUGAAGGUAGGCAGGAGUUAGGUCCAGUUGAUGCACCGAGGUAUCCCAAAGCAAAGGAAGAAGGUUGGUGGUUAGUAAUUGGGGAUUUAAAAAGCAAUCAGUUGCUGGCCAUUAAGAGGGUAUCACUCCAGAGGAAGACUAAAGUCAAGCUUGAGUUUACUGCACCUUCAGAGCUUGGAGAGAAGACAUAUACACUAUAUUUCAUGUGCGAUUCAUAUCUUGGGUGUGAUCAAGAGUACAAUUUCACAAUCAAUGUGAAAGAAGCAGAGGAUGAAGAAGAUGCAAAGGAAUGAAUGUUAUUUACCAAUUACCACAGCUGUACAAUUUUUCAUAAAGCUGACUCCCCAUAUAUGCAAGAUUGUAGGUCUGUACUAGUAAUUUUAGUUCAAAAUUCCGGAUACAUUCCGGAUACUAGCUUCUAUUUUGUUUAAUUGGUUGAAAUUCACUUCGUAACUCAUAAACUUUGUAGAUCAAGUGCAAAUUCACACUUGAUGUGAUUAAAAGUUUUACUACACAAUGAAGUAAAGCAUAAAUUUGUAGUUGAUACAAGAAUACUAUAUACGUAUUUUCCAGUA